CCGGAUUCCAGGUUGUUGGUUGACUGGUUCACACGUUACCUCGGCUUAACUAGACGUGUCAUGUCCUGCUGACUGAUAAAAUCACUAAUUUCACUCUCUGUCAAGUGUGAAUUUAAAUGUUGUUUGUCUUUGUGUGCAGCAAGAAGUAGCCAUGGAAGAUGCACACACUUAUUCUUAUGAGGAUGUCCUCACUCAGUUUGCUGUAGAGCCAGAGGUUGGUCUUACUGAUGCCCAAGUGAGAAACAGCCAGGAGAAAUAUGGCCCAAAUGAACUACCAGCAGAAGAGGGCAAGUCCCUCCUUGAGUUGAUCCUGGAGCAGUUUGAUGAUCUACUUGUUAAAAUUUUGUUAAUGGCUGCAAUCAUAUCAUUUGUGUUAGCUUGCUUUGAAGAAGGCGAAGAAACCGUUACUGCAUUUGUUGAACCCUUUGUUAUUCUUCUCAUCCUUAUUGCUAAUGCUAUAGUUGGUGUAUGGCAGGAACGCAAUGCAGAGUCUGCCAUCGAGGCCUUAAAGGAGUACGAACCAGAGAUGGGAAAGGUGAUACGUGCCGGCAAACUUGGUGUACAGAAGAUACGUGCAAGGGAGAUAGUGCCAGGAGAUAUUAUUGAAGUAUCUGUUGGUGACAAGAUUCCUGCUGAUAUGCGAUUGAUUAAGAUAUAUUCCACUACCUUACGUAUUGAUCAGUCCAUCUUGACUGGAGAGUCCGUGUCUGUCCUUAAACAUACUGAUAUUGUUCCUGAUACUAAGGCAGUCAACCAGGACAAGAAGAAUAUUCUUUUUUCUGGUACCAAUGUUGCAGCGGGCAAGGCUCUAGGGAUUGUUAUUGGUACAGGACUUGGAACUGCCAUAGGUAAAAUUCGUACUCAGAUGGCAGAGACUGAGGAUAUCAAGACUCCUUUACAACAAAAGCUUGAUGAGUUUGGUGAGCAGUUAUCCAAAGUUAUAUCUGUCAUCUGUGUUGCUGUCUGGGCUAUCAACAUUGGACAUUUCAAUGAUCCUGUUCAUGGUGGAUCAUGGAUCAAGGGUGCUAUUUAUUACUUCAAGAUUGCUGUGGCCCUGGCUGUUGCUGCCAUUCCUGAAGGUCUCCCUGCUGUCAUUACUACUUGUUUGGCUCUGGGUACUCGCCGUAUGGCCAAGAAGAAUGCCAUUGUCAGAUCUCUUCCCUCUGUUGAAACUCUAGGAUGUACUUCUAUCAUCUGCUCAGAUAAGACUGGUACACUCACCACCAACCAGAUGUCUGUCUCUCGUAUGUUCAUUGUGGAUAAAGUUGUUGGAAAUGACUGUUCACUACUUGAAUUUGAAAUUAGUGGCUCUACUUAUGAGCCUAAUGGAGACUUAUACCUGAAUGGUGCUCGGGUAAGAGGCUCUGAUUUUGUAGGGUUGGAGGAACUAGCUACUAUAUCCUGUAUGUGCAAUGACUCUUCUGUUGAUUUCAAUGAAUUCAAGAAUGUGUUUGAAAAAGUUGGUGAAGCAACUGAGACUGCCCUAAUAGUUUUGUCAGAGAAGAUCAAUCCCUACUCCUUGUCUAAAUUUGGUGUUGAUCGCCGCUCAGCUGCUCUCAUAUGUAAGCAUGAUAUGGAAUCAAAAUGGAAAAAAGAAUUUACUCUAGAAUUUUCAAGAGAUCGCAAAUCUAUGUCAUCCUACUGUGUUCCUACCAAGCCUACUCGCCUUGGAACAGGACCCAAAAUGUUCUGCAAAGGAGCUCCUGAGGGAAUACUUGAUCGCUGUACCCAUGUACGAGUUGGUAGUCAGAAAUUCCCUCUUUCUGCUGGAGUAAAAGAGAAGAUUUUAGCAGUCACCCGUGGUUAUGGAGGAGGACGUGAUACACUCCGCUGUUUAGCUCUAGCCACAAUUGAUAGUCCAUUACCCUUUCAUCAAUUGGAUCUUUCUGAUUCCAGCAAGUUCCAUGCUUACGAAGUUGAUAUGACCUUUGUUGGUGUGGUAGGCAUGCUUGAUCCACCUCGUAAAGAAGUUAGAGAUGCUAUUCGACGAUGCCGUGCUGCUGGUAUUCGUGUCAUUGUUAUUACAGGAGAUAACAAAGCUACUGCUGAAGCUAUUUGCCGCAGAAUAGGAGUUUUUGGUGAUAAUGAGAAUUUGACUGGUCUUUCAUACUCUGGCCGGGAAUUUGAUGAUCUCAGUAUUGCACAGCAGAGAGCAGCCUGCAUGAGAGCUAGACUUUUCUCUCGUGUGGAGCCCUUCCACAAGUCAAAGAUUGUUGAAUAUCUUCAAGGAGAGAAUGAGAUCUCAGCUAUGACUGGUGAUGGUGUGAAUGAUGCUCCAGCUCUGAAGAAAGCUGAAAUUGGCAUUGCUAUGGGUUCUGGAACAGCUGUGGCCAAGUCUGCCUCUGAUAUGGUACUUGCUGAUGACAACUUUUCUACCAUUGUGGCUGCAGUUGAAGAGGGCCGUGCAAUUUACAACAACAUGAAACAGUUCAUCCGCUACCUGAUCUCUUCUAACAUAGGUGAAGUGGUAUCUAUCUUUUUAACUGCUGCUCUUGGCCUUCCAGAGGCUCUUAUUCCUGUCCAACUCCUAUGGGUCAACCUGGUGACUGAUGGUCCUCCUGCUACUGCCCUAGGCUUCAACCCUCCAGAUUUAGACAUUAUGGAUAGACCUCCACGUAAGGGCGAUGAGUCCCUUAUAUCUGGUUGGCUUUUCUUCAGGUAUAUGGCUAUAGGUUUCUAUGUAGGUUUUGCCACUGUUUUUGCUGCAUCGUGGUGGUUUAUGUAUGACCCUACCGGACCUCAAAUCACGUAUUAUCAGAUGUCCCACCACCUUUCAUGCUUAAGUGAUCCAGAAAACUUUGAAGGAUUGGACUGCAGCAUAUUUGGUCAUCCAGCUCCUAUGACGAUGGCCCUGUCUGUACUGGUCACCAUUGAGAUGUUGAAUGCUCUUAACAGCUUGUCUGAGAACCAGUCGUUACUUGUGAUGCCUCCCUGGUAUAACCUGUGGUUGCUGGCAGCAAUGGCCCUCUCCAUGAUACUACACUUCUUCAUCUUGUACUUUGACAUUCUUGCAGUAGUAUUCCAAGUACAGCCGCUUUCUGUAGCACAGUGGAUCGCAGUGUUAAAAAUAUCUUUCCCUGUCAUUAUAGUUGACGAAACAUUCAAGUUCUUUUCUCGUAAGUAUGCUGAUGGAGAGAAUCCACUGUUCUCCUGCCACUGGAUUGUACUAGCCUGGGCUCUGUACAUCACAUACAUUAAAAUUUAUUUCUUUUAACACCAGUCACCUCUAAGUAAUUAAAUUGCUAAGAAGUAUACUCUACAGUUAUUGUAUGGUAUAUGAACAUCAGAUGAACAUUAUUUUAGCCCUUGAUACAAAUCUUGCCUGAAGGUAAUUAAGGUUAUUACUGAUGGGCUAUAAUGAGGUUUUUCUCAUUUUAAUUGGCAAAAUUGUUUCCAGUUGCCAAUGCAAGGUACAAGUUUGAAAGGUUUAGUGCGUGUGAAAGGAUUGUUGCUGUAGGUCCAUAAGUACUCCAGUCGUAAGCAUUAUCUCCUAUAACAAACCUGGUUUUCAAGGUGUGUGUUGGACUGAAAACACUUGAGUGCAAGUUAGUCGUGUCUCAAAUGAUGACUUAUAAAAUCAGACUUUCAAAUGUUGUGGCUUUUUUUUUUUUUCUAUCAGGACAGUAAUAUAACACCUGAAUCUUGGAUACUGGCUUAUGAAGAUGUGAGAAGUAUUUGUUGCAGUGUUUGUAUAUUUUUAAGUGACAAUUUUUUUUUUAUGAUACUGAGGUUAUGAAUUGUCUUUGAUUCCUAACUAUCAUUACUUCCAGUGAAAAAAACAUUUAUUAUGGUGAGCAGAUUUAGAAUAUAGAAAAUGCAAUGUAUUGGGUUUCCAGUAUGUGUAUGCAGUAGAUUUCAUUGAUGUAUAGAUACUUUUAUGGAUUUAGUAUGAACUCUAGCUAGCUCUCCUACUGAUGGGACAUUCCAAGCAGGCAUAAUGUGUUAUGCAGUGUUGAUGUGAUGGAGAUUUAUUAUGGUAGUAAACACAAGUCAUUAAUUAUUACAGUAGGCAGUUUCUUCAUGAACUUAGUUACCUGACAUUUUUUUUGGGGUCUUUAAUCAGGCCAUCUCAUUUUAAAUCCAGUGUCUGUCCUUGAAUCUGCUUCAUUUUAUACAUUCUAAUACAUAUUGUGCAGAUAUACUUUAAUGAUCUGACAUUAAAUAAUUCAUGUUUGAGCUCUGAAAUAUCUAGCAUAAAUUGUUUGUUUAUUUUGAAAGUAACUUAAAACUAGAAUAAGCAUUUCCCGGGGCUGGAGUUGUCAGCCAUACCAGCCAUAUAAAUACUAGGUCUCAUAACUAUAUAUUUGAUAAACUUAAUGGUGUAAAUUGAUGAUAUUCAUAUUUUUGCAUGUAGUACUUAUAACUUGCUUAUUUUUCAUUUUAAGAUCUCCAGCGCUUACAUAUUUAUUAAAUAUACUAAGAGGUAUAUUUUAAUAUAGGUAUAGAAGAGUGAUACUUAAAUUUAGAAAUGAGAUUGUCAUAAAUUUUACAUGUUCAUUUAACAAGUGUGUAUACUAGAACAACUGGAUGCUUCAAGAGACUUGAGAGUUUUCUAGUCAUGACAUAAAAAGAAGAUUUGACUUUAGAUUUUGAUGCUAUACUGACUAAUGCACAUUUAAAGCACAAAAUCCUUCCCCAAAUAAGAAGUAGGUUGUAAUUCUGUUUAUUUUUUAGGAUUUUACAGAUAAAUAAGUUUGAUUGUCCAGAUUUACAUCUUAUGCUUCUGAGACCAUUAAUGUAUUUGAUAGUCUCUCUGUUUAGCAGUUCCUGUGUAAUAAUGAGGCGAGUUAAAAAAUAUAGAGAUCGUCGAUUAUCUGGUAAUUGGUAGUUUUUGUUCUAUCUGGCACCUAGGCAGAUGCUGCGAAAAAGAAGUGUGCAUAGCAAAGGGACCAUUAAAAAAUAUGAUCAUCUGGUUUGGGUAUAAAGGCAGAAUAUGUAGAACAAACUUUCAAUUGGUCUCUCUUUACCUCAGGGUAAAGAGAGACUCAGCAUGCUGCUUAUUUUUUUAUUGAAAGUGAUUUAUUACACCAACUUUAACUUUCCUUGUUAGUUCAAUUGUUGCAUUGUGCCCCUUGGCCUAGACCUCCACACAGCCUUUUGGCACUUCGUGACCUGUACAUGUUGAGUGUAUUACAUGAUUAAUAAUAAUAAUAAUACUAAUGGGAGCAAGGGGUUAGUAACCCCUUCUCUUGUAUAAAUUACUAAAUUUUUAGGUCACCCUGCCUUGGUGAGAUGCAUCUGGUUUGUCGACAAAAUAAUAAUAAUAAUAAUAAUAAUAAUAAUAAUAAUAAUAAUAAUAAUAAUAAUAAUAAACCCUGAGCAAAAAUAUAAUCCUAAUAAAAGCUCAUUCUAUUAUUAUUUUUUUUUAUUAUCACACCGGCCGAUUCCCACCAAGGCAGGGUGGCCCGAAAAAGAAAAACUUUCACCAUCAUUCACUCCAUCACUGUCUUGCCAGAAGGGUGCUUUACACUACAGUUUUUAAACUGCAACAUUAACACCCCUCCUUCAGAGUGCAGGCACUGUACUUCCCAUCUCCAGGACUCAAGUCCGGCCUGCCGGUUUCCCUGAAUCCCUUCAUAAAUGUUACUUUGCUCACACUCCAACAGCACGUCAAGUAUUAAAAACCAUUUGUCUCCAUUCACUCCUAUCAAACACGCUCACGCAUGCCUGCUGGAAGUCCAAGCCCCUCGCACACAAAACCUCCUUUACCCCCUCCCUCCAACCCUUCCUAGGCCGACCCCUACCCCGCCUUCCUUCCACUACAGACUGAUACACUCUUGAAGUCAUUCUGUUUCGCUCCAUUCUCUCUACAUGUCCGAACCACCUCAACAACCCUUCCUCAGCCCUCUGGACAACAGUUUUGGUAAUCCCGCACCUCCUCCUAACUUCCAAACUACGAAUUCUCUGCAUUAUAUUCACACCACACAUUGCCCUCAGACAUGACAUCUCCACUGCCUCCAGCCUUCUCCUCGCUGCAACAUUCAUCACCCACGCUUCACACCCAUAUAAGAGCGUUGGUAAAACUAUACUCUCAUACAUUCCCCUCUUUGCCUCCAAGGACAAAGUUCUUUGUCUCCACAGACUCCUAAGUGCACCACUCACUCUUUUUCCCUCAUCAAUUCUAUGAUUCACCUCAUCUUUCAUAGACCCAUCCGCUGACACGUCCACUCCCAAAUAUCUGAAUACGUUCACCUCCUCCAUACUCUCUCCCUCCAAUCUGAUAUUCAAUCUUUCAUCACCUAAUCUUUUUGUUAUCCUCAUAACCUUACUCUUUCCUGUAUUCACCUUUAAUUUUCUUCUUUUGCACACCCUACCAAAUUCAUCCACCAAU